AUGUCUGCGAAGCAGAAGUUGCAGCUAGUUGACAAGAUCACUGCAUCGUUUACGAAUCUUGAACAGAUAUUUGACAACAUUCAUGCACAUGUUUCGAAUCUUCUUUCGAUUCGGCGCCGGGCAUUCAAAGUUGGUGGUGCCUUUUCAUGCGCUGACUCAUGCGCCACUACCUCUUUUGACGACGAGCUCGCUGCGUAUUUCGACUCGAAGGUGUUGGCACGAGUUCAAUCUAGUUUCGGUGUUUCAAUGGGGAUUGAGGUUGAACGAGUUUCCGAAGAGACGACUCUUCUUCGCUUAAAAACCACACAAAUUUUAUGCCUUUGUGCAUCCUUGACAGAGCUACUGCAGGCAGCAUGUGGAAAUGAAAUAGAAAAAUUCCUGGCAUUCAACGAGGCCUUCUCUGCUUUGAGACAGCUCAGGGAUUGUCUCCUUGAGGAAAUUGAUCUCGUGUCUUAUUGGGCCUACUCAAGUAUUUCUCCAGAUCUAGUUCCCGUACAUGUCUCGCCUUCAUUUUCAUUCGCCUCUACGUGCCUUUCAGGCAAAAGUAUGGCAUUUUCCCUAUGGAAACGAGCAAUAUGUCCCCUGUUGACUGAAGUAAAGCUGUAG